AUGUCGAUAAAGAAAGUGGGGGCAGUGGUGGCCAGUGGUUACGAGGAUGCUGAAGGUGUUGAUGAUAUCCUUAAAAGGAAUGAAGAUCUUGUUCUAAAGAAUAGUACAAAAUUGUUACUAAGGCGUCUAGAGUAUUUGAGGCUGGUGGAUGCUAAUAUGAUGGAACGUUCAAAUGGUCCCGUAAAAUCAGUCCAAUUUCACAAAAAUGCACAUUUGCUCCUUGCUGGUGAAUUAGAUAAGACGAUAAGAUUUAUUCAAAUUGAUGGAAAAAAGAAUGCUAAAAUACAAAGUAUCUUUCUUGGUGGUUAUCCAAUUUAUAAGGCUUCUUUCUUACCCGAUGGGUCUUAG